AGUAGCGCAGGUUGACGCUGCUUUCCUAUGAAAUGAGGAGGUCAGGCUCCGGUCAUGCUGCGCUCCCGUGUGUCUGCACCUGCGGUAGCGGCUGCGAUAAGGAGUGUGUGCGCCCGGUCUUAUAACCAGGAGGUGUGUAGUGCAGAGGAGGCUGCGGCCGUAUACGUGCAUUGGCCGUACUGUGAGAAACGCUGCACUUACUGUAAUUUCAACAAAUACAUUGCUCGCUCUGACAACGAGGACGCCAUCCGCUCCUGCCUGGUGCAAGAAGCUCACACUUUGAUCCAGCUCAGCCAGGUGCGCAGAGUACCCUCAGUAUUUUUCGGUGGGGGAACACCAAGCCUUGCCAGUCCGUCCACCAUAGGUGCUGUUUUGGAGGCGAUCGCUAAGUAUGCGGACUUGCCAGCGGAUGCUGAAAUCAGCCUGGAGGCAAAUCCUACGUCAUCCAGGAAGAGUAAACUGCAGCAAUUCCGGGAUGUCGGGGUGAAUCGCCUCUCUAUUGGGGUCCAGUCCCUGAAUGAUCAUGACCUCCUGCUCCUUGGAAGGACACAUACAGCCUCAGAUGCACAGCGCACAUUAGAGGAAGCAAGCAAGAUCUUUCCUGGUCAAACUUCAGUGGAUGUAAUGUUUGGUCUUCCAGGUCAAAGCCUGGGAUCAUGGCACAGCACAUUACACAGGCUCUUGGAACAGUGUGAUGACCACGUGUCUCUCUAUCAACUCACCUUGGAGAGGGGAACCAUGAUGUUUAAAUGGAAGGAGAAAGCCCAAGUUACCUUUCCUGAUCAAGAACUUACUGCUCAGAUGUACGAUGAUGCCAGGUGGAUUCUACAACAGGCUGGAUUCCAGCAGUAUGAAGUGUCAAAUUUUGCCAGAAACGGCGCAGUGAGCAAACACAACCUCACAUACUGGCUUGGAAAGCAGUACAUUGGUAUAGGACCAGGAGCCCACGGAAGGUUUGUCGUCCACAGUAGUCGGGGUAAACGGAGGCAGGCGCGAAUUCAGACCCUAGAACCAGAACCGUGGAUGCAGGAAGUGAUGAGCUAUGGACAUGGCACUCGGAAAGUGACUGAGCAGAAUGACUUUGAUAUAUUAUCAGAACUGCUAGUGCUGGGCUUACGGACAGACAUUGGAAUAUCGCAUAAGCGCUGGCACGCGCUCUGCCAUGCGGUCAGCUUACAUGGCUUAUUUGAAGCAUCACAGGAACUGAGGGAUCUUCAGGAGAAUGGACUUCUGGUGCUAGAUCACACUGGUCUUCGCUGCACGUGGAGGGGGCUCGCUGUGUUAGACGGUCUUCUGCCGACGCUCUUAAGCCAGUUUCAGGAUUCUUGGGCUCAGUCUGAGAACAUAAAACCUCAUCGGCCACAGACUACUGCGUAGAAAUGAUGUCCCAGGCUGUAUCCCAUGAGAAUACUGCACAUACCUGUAGUCUCUGGUGUAGAGACCCGCUGCCGCCAGUUCUAUGGUGGGACUGUGUUUAAAGGGAGUCUCUCCACACGAUUUUGCACAUUAAACCAGAGCUUGCUGAGAGUAGUGUAACUGCACCUUUAUUAUGCAAAUUAGCUGUUCGGUGCACUGAGGGCAGGCCCUAACACCUCAGUGCACUCUAGCUCCACCAUUGUACAAAGGAAGUCCCUCUUUUCUUUGGUGGAUUGAUAGGGCCAGGUGUCUGAAUUCUGUUCUUGCCUGGCCCUGUAAUAUUUCCCCUGCACCAUGCAUCACAAUGAACUGUACUGUGCAUGUGCUGAGGUUGUGGCGAGGCCAAGGAGGCACUCGCUGUGUGCAGCAGCGGAGCUAGGGUGCACCGAACAGCUCAUUUGCAGAUUGGAGCAAAGUAGUUUUUUUUGGGGGGGAUGCAGGAAUGGAUUACAACAAUAUCUCAAUGGGAGAAAAACAGAACUGGAUCGCACAUCCACAAUGCUAUGCUUAGAUCUAAUUAAACUCUCUUCUCAGCGCAAUAUUAAAGUGUGCAGCCCCCCAUACUGCAUGCUGUACAAGAGGCAUUAGUG